UCGGGGCUCGGGGCCGGGGCCGGGAGGCGAGCGCAGCUGCAGCUCAGCGUGUGGGUCGCACUUGGGCCGAGCCAUGCAGGCGGCGCGCGUGGAGUACAUCGCUCCCUGGUGGGUCGUGUGGCUGCACAGCGUCCCGCACCUGGGCCUGCGCCUGCAGCCCGUGGACAGCACCUUCAGCCCCGGCGACAAGAGUUACCAGGAGUCACUGCUGUUCCUGGUGCUAGUGGCCGCCGUCUGCCUGGGCCUGAACCUCAUCUUCCUCGCGGCUUACUUGGCCUGCGUGUGCUGCUGCAGGCAGGAAGAUGCAGCGCAGACUAAGCAGCGCCAGUCCUGCUGCAUCACCUGGACGGCCGUGUCGGCCGGGCUCGUCUGCUGCGCUGCCGUGGGCAUUGGUUUCUAUGGAAACAGCGAGACCAACGAUGGGGUGUACCAGCUGAUGUACUCCUUAGAGGAUGCCAACCACACCUUCUCUGGGAUCGAUGCUCUGGUUUCCAGAACUACCGAGAAGAUGAAGGUGGACCUAGAGCAGCAUCUGGGCCGGCUCAGUGAGAUCCUUGCCGCCCGGGGCGAUUACAUGCAGACCCUGAAGUUCAUACAGCAGAUGGCAGGCAGCGUGGUUGCUCAGCUUUCAGGACUGCCCAUGUGGAGGGAGGUCACCAUGGAGCUGGCCCAGCUGUCCGAGCAGACUGGCUACGUGGAGUACUACAGGUGGCUCUCCUACCUCCUGCUGUUUAUCCUGGACCUGGUCAUCUGCCUCAUGGCUUGCCUGGGACUGGCCAAGCGCUCCAAGUGUCUCCUGGCCUCGAUGCUGUGCUGCGGGGCGCUGAGCCUGCUCCUCAGCUGGGCGUCGCUGGCUGCUGAUGCCGCUGCAGCAGUGGGCACCAGUGACUUCUGUGUGGCUCCUGAUACCUUCAUCCUGAACAUUACGGAGGGCCAGAUCAGCACAGAGGUGACUCGCUACUACCUGUAUUGUAGCCAGAGUGGAAGCAGCCCCUUCCAGCAGACACUGACCACCUUCCAGCGCGCGCUCACCACCAUGCAGAUCCAAAUCGCAGGGCUGCUGCAGUUCGCCGUGCCCCUCUUCCCCACCGCAGAGAAAGACCUGCUUGCAAUCCAGCUCCUGCUGAACUCCUCAGAGUCCAGCCUCCACCAGCUGACUGCCAUGUUGGACUGCCGAGGGCUGCACAAGGACUACCUGGACGCCCUUACUGGCGUCUGCUACGAUGGCCUUCAGGGCCUGCUCUACCUCGGCCUCUUCUCCCUCCUGGCCGCCCUAGCCUUCUCCAUCAUGAUCGGCGCGGGCCCAAGGGCCUGGAAGCACUUCACCACCAGAAACAGAGACUACAACGACAUUGAUGAUGAUGACCCCUUUAACCCCCAAGCCUGGCGCAUGGCGGCCCACAAUCCCCCAAGGGGGCAGCUUCACAGCUUCUGCAGCUACAGCAGCGGCCUGGGCAGCCAAACCAGCCUGCAGCCCCCGGCCCAGACCAUCUCCAACGCCCCCGUCUCCGAGUACAUGAACCAAGCCAUGCUCUUUGGUAGGAACCCACGCUACGAGAAUGUGCCGCUCAUCGGGAGAGCCUCCCCUCCGCCUACGAAACCAAAGGCAUCUGGAGCCCAAGAGGCCUCCUUUUGUGGCAGAGGAGCAGCUGGGAUUCCCAACCAAAGCCCCAUGGGGGCAGAAGACCCGCCACGCAGGCCAGCCUCUCUUCUGCCCUGCUCUCCACACCAGAAAUGCCCCCAGGUGCUUGGCCUCCUCAGAGGCGCCAUCCCUGAGCUGGCUGCCUGGCCCUGCUCACGCCUCCGUCUCACCCUCGCCAGGAGGGGAGUGGCUGUGAGGAAUGGGCCAGGUCAGAUGCCACCAUCAGAGAGCUGUAUGUUCUCUCCUGUCCCACAACCAUGACUCUGCCUCUUGUCAGCACGGCCGAGGGCCCAGAUGACCCCUCUCAGAGUCACCUAAGUCCUCCGUUCCCUGCAGGUAACACUGAGAAGGGCUGAUCAGGAGAUGCUCUUUAAGAAAGACGCACCCCUGAUGAGACCAGAACAGCCCAAAUCAGAGUUCCCAGGGCCAGAUAGGCUCCUCCUGAGCCAUAGAGGGGAGGUGUCAGGAGAGGUCUGCAAUGGGGGACAGUGGCUCCGGGGCUGGGGGUCACAGCCUGGUGGACCCUGGCAGGAACAGAGGUGAGAGCCUGCUGCAUUCUGCCUGUCUCCCUAACCCUCCAUCACCUCGCCUCUAUUCCAGAAUCAGUGCUGCAGACACAUUAGCUGCAGAUAGGCUCAGUCUCAGGUAUGAAGACACUUUGAAACAACUUUAAUUCUUUCUUUACUCCAGUGUUUUAAACAUGUUGAUUAUCCAAAGAAUUGAAACUCCUAGCACCUCCAGUUUUUACAACAGAUUUGCAUCUCAUUCCUCACCCUGGUUUUUAGGUCACUACUUUUGCAGAUUUUGCUAGCCCCGGCCAGUUCUCCAGAUCUGGAGGAGAGGGAAAGGAGCCGAUUCUUAAAUAAAAUAAGGAUCAGUGAGACAUCCUGUCCCAAGCUGCCGUUUGAUGGGGAUCUGGGUUUAUCUCACCCACGGAGGGAGGAUCUUUAAGAGGAGAGAAAAGCCAAGAGGGAGAGUGGAGUUCCCUGCUCUAGCGGACUAGCCGAAUGCCCACAUCAGCGGUCCCCUCCUGUUGUCUCCAAGCAAGUUUGCCAGAAAAGGUUUUAGCAAAGUGGUACCACUGUGUCUUCAUGGGAGGUUAGGCCUCUGCCCUGCCUCCCCCAGCACCUGCCCCUCCCGGUGUCCUCGGCCCUGGCCUGCUCAGCCACAGGAGCUUGUUGGCCAGGAGGGAAUAAUGUCCCCCAGUCCUCCCUGUUGGGGGGCCAAAGUUGGGGUCUUUGGUGCUUCUAACCUCCUGCCAACCUGGAGCAGCACCCCAGCCUUGCACACUGAAGCAAGGGCGUGGCGUGACUUGGCUUGGGACAAGGUUCUGUUUCUGUUUUGGAAGACCCUCCUGUCGUUGAAACAUGGACAGCAGUGUGGUCCUCAGCUCCCAGCGAAGCCUCCAUGACGGAAUGAGGCCACAGGGCAGCCGGGACUCCCUGUCUCCCCUGCAUUAACCCAUGCGCACCGUGUACCAUAGACUCACCCUGGUAUGUCCGCGUCACACGCAGAGAGGAACUCUGCGAUGUCAAAGUGUUGCUUCUUAAAGUUUAUUGGCAACUAGAGGGUUGUUUUUAAUGCAUGGAAACUAAACAGAUUCCUCGGGGAGUUCCUGAGGGAACCAGGUGGGCAAACCUUUGCUUAUAUACGUGCGGCCUCACCUGGAAGAGAAAUAAACCACGUGUACUAAAAUGUG